UGCACAUAUACGCAAAUAAAUAAAUAAAUAAAUAAAUAAGUAUAUCUACACAUACACGCGUGCGCGCGCGCACACACGCACACGCACACGCACACACACACACACACACAGAUACAGACUCUGGACAAAUAAUAUAGGUAUGUAUUGCCCGUAAAUACAAACGCACCACGUGGUUCUAAUAAUUAAAGUUAGCGUCAAAAGAUGGAGACACCAGCGUCAGAAAGCGGGUUUUUAGGAGGGGGAAGGAAUGCUCAUGCUUUUUAAUGUAAUGUCUUAUUGUAAACACAUAUUCAAGUAAACGCAUGCGAUGUGUCAAAAUGACAUCUGUAGAAGUCGAACGAAGUUUGCCAACUUCUCUGCAGCUACAAAAUCCAGCUAUACCUGAAUCGCAACAAGAAAGUUCAGAAUCGGAUAUUCCUGAGAGUGAAAACAAUUCCAUCGAUGAUCCUUGUACGCAAAAAAGUAGAACCUCGAUCGCAGCUGCAACCAAUAGUAUUAAAAACAUAGCAAAUGUCACAAACCGUGAUAAGGAAAAACGUGAAGACGAGGUAAUUAUCCUCGACAGCAGCAAAGAGGAUGCUGAUUAUAACAUAGAUAAAAUAAAACAUGUUCAGAAGACAGGAAAAUCAAAUAUAACAUCCUCUGUAUUGAAAAAUGAUUCCAAGAUUAGUAAGAGCGAUAAUACAAAAGACACUAUGAUUAGGAGUGGCCAUUAUUUGAAAAGAAAACAUCGCAAUUUUCUUACUGAAGAUGAAGAUCUGGAGGAAAGUAGCUCAAGAAGUAAACGAAAAAAGAAAAGUACGAGCGACAAAUUUUGUUGGAGGUGUCACAAAGAAUCCGUAGAAGCAUAUUGCAGUGCUUGUCCUCGAUCGUGGCAUCGCAGAUGCAUAGGUAUGCAACCACAGUCUAUUCAAAAUUGGAUAUGCGGAGAAUGUGCAGCUAUUCUACAAGCAGAAAACGCAGAAACCCGUUCUACAGCUAUGGCACAAUUAUCGAUCGAUCAGCUCUGUCUAUUAUUAAAAUAUGUGGUUGAAAGAAUGAGGGAGUACCCUGGUGCUCUUUUGUUACAGUCGGAACCAUUCUGGAAACCAGUCGAACUUUCCGAAGUUCCAAAUUACCUAGAGUACGUGGUGAAACCAAUGGAUUUGAAUCUUUUAGAAUCAAACGUGCGGUCGAAACUUUAUGGUAGUACGGACGCGUUUAUGGCUGAUGCAAAAUGGAUCCAGCAUAACUGCAUUGUAUUUAACACGUGCGGUGGUGUGUAUACCGACACAUCAAAAUUAACGAAUGCCGCAAAACAAGUAAUUAAAUUGGCGCGUCAAGAAGUAUCAGAAAUCGAAGCUUGUCCCGAUUGUUAUGCUCAUGGCCGAAAUUUACCCAGACCCCAGCCGUCCUGGUUUAUCGAACCUUGUCGUCGUCCUCAUCCACUUGUAUGGGCGAAAUUGAAAGGUUUUCCGUUUUGGCCAGCAAAAGCUAUGCCUCGGAUAAAUUCUCAAGGCUUUGUAGACGUACGUUUCUUUGGCGAACACGAUCGUGCGUGGGUAUCGCAGCGAGAUUUAUUCUUAUAUUCGAAAGAGCCGCCUGUUCCGCUACCACGUAAGCGGAGAUUGGAUAUGGAAGAAUGUGUUCGAGAAAUAACUCGACAUUGUCGUAAGCUCGAACUUGUAUUUGGUCAAUUUAAAUUUGCACCUCCCAAGGUCCAAUACAAUCCACACGACCCGCUGCAAAUUAAGUUAAUGUUACCAAAUUAUAACCCACUUUUCAACAAUUAUGGAUCUUCACAAUUUUUGAUUCCCAGAAAAAAGUCGCUUCUGAAAAAACGACUGCACGUUAAAAUUAAAUCGAAAACCGACUCGGAGACAAUGGACGAUUCUGAUAUUAAAACUAGAACGUUGUUCGAUUUUGGCAUAGGCAGCAAAGAAAAUAAAAUUGAAGCUAAAGUAUCGAAAGUGAAAGAAUCUGAUCGGUCGACCGAAGUCGAAUUGAUCUUGAUUGCGAGUGACAGUCCGAGUACUUCUACGGAUUUAAACGAAACGACAGAAAGUGAAAAUAAGGAGGAGGACCGAAAACUUGUCGAAAGUGAACCAACAGUUUCGAAAUUAGCGAAGAAAAAAGAAGCGAAGCCGAGUUCAAGCAAAAUCGAUGGAAAGAAGGAUAUAAACAAAAGUAAUAUGAACAAACGUGAUACAAGCGAAUCAAACAUUAAGAAAUUAGAACGGAAUAAUAACUCUGAAAACGUAACGAACGAUAAUACAAAAUCUUUGUUGAAUUUGUCAAAAGAAACAAUAACGUCGUCGGAUAGCGACUUGAUGGACGACGUUACAACAUCGAAAAAGGAACAACAAUCUCUAUUGACGAUUAACAUUAAUAAGGAAGAUACCAAUCAAAAUUUAUUAAGCUCGCAAAAAAAUAACUUUAAAGGUACAAAAAACGUGGUGAAAGUUUACAAGCCAAAAACUAGAAUGGUUGAUAAAGUGAACGCUGAGAAGGCUUUGAGAUCUAUUGCGAGCGAACAUCAGAAACCGGCCACGACAGAAUUAACAAUAAUUUCAGACAAACAGACCGACGGAAUAUCAUCGAAGGAUAAUUCAAAAAAUUCCAACAAUAAUAAUUUAAUAUCAUCGUCUAGUUCGAUAUCAACCGGCAAAACUCAAGUCGACACCAAUGACGCUCAGACGGUUAAAAAAAAUUCCGCGGAUCAAUCUGUUGCGUUACUUUUUGUUGUAAACAAUAGUAUAUCCGACACUGUUAAGAAAUCUGUCGGCGAUCUGUCGUCGUUAAGCGAGAAAGAAAAAAGUAACCAUGUGCAGACGGUUCAACAACAAUCAUCGAGAGACACGGCUCAGCAGCCGUCGUGUCCAAAAAAAGAGAGCAAAGCUAGGAAAUCGUUUCCUAAUAAAGCUCGUACUGGUUUACAACCUACUCCACACUCCUCGACAACUAUAUUGUCAGAUGCAAUCGAUUCUAUGGUUUAUAUUCCAGCUUAUCAAGCUGAAAAUUGUGUCGAAUAUGAAAUGGUUCCGCCAGAGGCAGGGCCUGCAAGUGCUCGUUUGUAUCACGGUGCCCAUGAUUUGGCCAGAAAAAUGGCACAGUUAAUGGAAGAGGCAUACAAAGAAGCAUCUCAAGAAAAUGUUACAUCCGAGAACCAUCAAACGACUGUUCAUUUUUUACGAUUACAAAUGGAACGGAUGACAUGGCAACAUCAACAACAACUUGCCGAACUGAAACAUAACACUGAUCGAGUAUUCAGGGAAAUGAAGGCAAGUUUGGAAGCUGAACGAUUCCGUGCCAUCGAAGAAACUCGUAAGGAAGCUGAAGAGGAUAAAGUACGAUGUAUCGAGGAAAUUAAACGUAAACAAUGGUGUGCAAUGUGUGGGCGAGAAGCAUUAUUUUAUUGCUGUUGGAAUACCGCGUACUGUGACUAUCCUUGCCAACAGUCACAUUGGCCAAUGCAUAUGAGAACGUGUGCCCAAAAACCUUCGUUCACUACUAUCGUUACUAGUUCUGCUACAAAUUCGAGUCAACAGCAAAUGAUGCCAAGACUUAUGAUAAAUACACAACAUGUGACGUCGUCGUCAAAUGUAUGGAAGGCCUAGACCGUAUCGGUGUAUGCAAGUCCUUGAAAUUGCAUUAAAAAGUUAAAUAGGUUAUAAUUACUCGUUCUCGAAGUUUUGGUAAUAUGUUUAGAUGUUUCUUUUAUUGCUGCUGUGUCCUGUGUUCACGUACAAGUGGUAUAAUUAGAAUUACAAUGUUACACAAAAUAAUACUUUAUACUUUUCUCGUAUUGUAAUAAUAAAAAUGAUAAAAAAUAAAGAAUAUUUAUUCAGGGGGCAUGGUUCGGACGUGUUUUAUCAGAACUAUCUCCUAGUAUAAAGAAAAAUUGAAAACUCCUUUAUUAUUUUGCAACCUAAAACUCAUUACUAAGAGACACGUACGGCGAAAUGUCCGAAAAAACCGGCAUAUUUAAAACACAGCUGCACACGGCAGUAACACCGAUACUAAAAACAGUUUCCGAAUAAAGCGUACAAAUUUUAUAUAUUUUAUUUUUU